AUGAUAAUAAAAAACAAAUUUACUAUUUUUUCACCUUUAAGCAAAGUUGUAAUGAACACGAAUAGUAACUUAUUUCGAUUCGUGAGUACUCAAAAAGCUAAAUUUAGCAACUCUUCGGAAAAUAAUAAAGGAGAAACACCUGAAAAUAUUAUAAAUAAUAAUGUUACUGACUUUAAGGACUUUGAAAAGACAGAAAUAUAUCAGGAUUUAAAAACAAAAAUCAAAGAUAUUCUUGAGAAAGAAAAGAUCGUAUUAUUUAUGAAAGGAACACCUGAACAACCUUUGUGUGGAUUUAGUGCAAGUGUAGUUCAAAUACUAAAUAAAGUAAAUGUGAAAGAUUAUGUUUAUAUUGAUGUAAUGAAGAAUAGGAACUUACGUGAAGCAAUAAAAAUAUAUAGCAAUUGGCCAUAUAUUCCUCAUUUAUAUGUAAAAAAUAAUUUUAUUGGUGGUUGUGAUAUCGUUUCAGAUUUGUAUAACAAAGGAGAAUUAGAAACCAUUGUUAAAUAA